AUGGAAGCUAAGUAUGGGAGUUAUGAAGAGAGUUACAAACUAGUUCCUCAGUUUUGUAAGAUGGUGCGUCACUCCAACAAGAAUUCAGUUGAAACUUUCUCAUAUUGUAAUACUGACAUGGAUUUUGUGUCAAUGACAAUAAGCUUUGCUGAAGCUAUCAAAGGAUGGAAGGAUGGGUGUAGAUCAGUUGUUGGGUUAGAUGCUUGUCAUUUAAAUGAUAAGUGUGGUGGUGUGUUGAUGGAUGCAACUGGGUUAGAUGGUCAAAAUGGUUUAGUCACAUUAGGAAUUGGUGUUUUUCAUGCUGAAACAAUUGAGAAUUGGAUUAUGUUCCUCACUGACUUGAAGCCAUUACUCUUAAGCCAUGAAAAGCCAUUGACAUUCAUUUCAGAUAGGCAAAAAGGGCUACUUGAAGUUGUUCCUGCUGUUUUCCCAGACUCACAUCACAGAUAUUGUUGGAGGCACUUGUAUAACAAUUUUAAGCAGCACUUUAAGGGACAAAAGUUGUAUAGCUUACUGUGGAAUGCAACCAAAUGCUACAAGAAGAAACAUUUCUAUAAACAUAUGGAAGAUAUGAAGAAGGAGAAUCCUGCUGUUGUGGUGCACCUUGAAAAGGCUGGUUUUGAGUCAUGGUCUAGAGCCUUUUUUGAUGACACUAGUAAGUGUGAACACCGAAAUAACAACUUUAGUGAGUUAUUUAAUUCCAUGGCAAAAAACCUUAGGAACAAACCAAUAUGUAGACUAGGAAUUCUUUGUAAUCAGUUGGUUAUGAGUUUGUUUCACAAAAGGAGAAAAGAAAGUGCAAAAUGGAAUCCAAAUGGGUUGGUUCCUACUGCUAUGAAACUGAUUGUCUUUAUUGUCAACUUGGAAGAAAAGCAGUGCAGUUGUCUACAAUGGAAACUCAGAGAGUUUGUUUGUCAACAUGUUGUUUGUUGUUUAAAGCCAUUCAGGCCUGAUUGGACAAAGUAUUGCUCUCAUUAUUACACAGUUGCUGCAUACAGAGCCACAUAUGCUCCAGUUGUCUGUCCAUUUCCUCCUCAAGAAGAUUGGCCUCAGUUGGAAGAACAUGAAAAGGUUGAAUUGGAAUCUGCUAUCAAGAUCAGGAAAUCAGGAAGGCCUAGAGUUAAGAGGAGGAGAGCAUGGGAUGAGCCUAAAGCACCUACAAAGGCAUAUUCAUGUUCAAGAUGUAAAUCAACUGGUCCUAACAAAAGUACAUGUCAAGGUGGUGAUGUUGGCAAGAAUACAAAAGCUAAGAGGAGAAGAACCCAAGUAAAUGGUGCUACCUUCACAUUUUUUGACAGACCUACUCCUAAGAAGAACCAAUCAUCUCAACCAUCUGGCAUUAGCAAAACAACAGCUGCAUCUUCUUCUAAAGCUAAGAAAGCUCCUGUUAAAGCUUCUACAACUUCAAAGAAGCAGAACAUGAGUCAGACAAAGAAGUGA